GAUGUCAAAUGUUCGUUUUUGACUCUUUAAUUUUCUUUGUUUUCGCCUCUUUUUUUAAAUAAUGGAGGACUAUCGACAAUUGUUUAAGAAUUGCAGACGGUAUGAAUGAACGUACAGUUAGCACUGUCCUUUUGUUCACGACAUGUUUUUCUUCCUUUAGUAUCUCCAAGGCUUUAAAAAAUGCAUUGCACAUUUCGACACAAUAGCGUCUAAACUAGAGAGACUAAGCAACCAACUUUUAAGGCUUGUAAGUUGUACGUCUAAAAGCAUUGUGCUCCUAUUCGCAAGACAUUACCACACUUAAUUGGCUUUGGAAGGGGUUUUUUUUCUAUGUACUACGUGUUUUUAAUCCGCUAGUUAAGAAAUUUUAAUUCGGAAGACUUUUGUUUGACAUUUGGAUGGUCUUGCUCAACAUACUUGCGCAUUCUUAAGUAAUAAAUCUACGCACGACGUGAGGUCAUCCGACAGGUGUACGCCUUAGCGACGUGAAACGGUAAUGAUAAGGGACCUUUUGAUCGUCGUGAUAUCCAUCUUAUCUGCAUGUUACCCAAGCUGACUUCGCAUGAGAUAAAUUAGAUUUUCUCGUCGUGAGUCGCUAUUAUUUACUUCGAGUUGGUGUGUUUCCUACUCUGUUUUCGUUAUAUGGUGGUUGGGUUCCGUGUGUACCAGUGUCUAAUUCUCUUGCUGUAACAAUUAAUUCCCUAUUUGUGCGCGUUCAAACCAGAAAACGCCAAGGAAAAGACUCCCAGCUUCGUCAGAAUGCCUCUAGUCGUGACCGACAAAGAAGCGGCCAAACACAAAAAUCGUGGCGGCGUCUUGAAUAAAUUCGUUCGUCGCUCUCGCACCCUCAAUGAAGAAAAGCUUCCGACCAAAGAACGUUCGAAACCGCAUCCCCGUCAUGCCAGCCAAUCGUUGGAAGAUUUGGUCCGUUGCGCCAUUUGCCUGGAACAACUCAUCCGUCCAACCAUGUUGCCGUGUCAACACACUUUCUGCUUGGCCUGUCUGAAGAUCUACGCCCGCAAGAAACCGACAGUCAUCGGCUGCCCUACCUGUCGGCUCGAGGUGACUCUUCCGUUGGAGGGCAUCAGUGCCUUGCCGACCAACAUCCUCCUGCAGGCUUUCCUCGAGUCGAUUGCAACAACAGGCUCCGCUAAUGGCGGAAGCGACAACCUGUCGAGAGAUGACACUUCAUCCCGGACGGCUAGUAAAACAAGCACUGCUGUUUGCGUCCGUUGCUAUGGCAGCUCUCCGCACGAUUCAACAUGUCCGCACUGUAAUCAACUCUUUUGCAAGAGCUGCCACCUACUGCACGUUGCCGAACUCAGAAAGGAUUGGUCAAACGUAAUUGAUGACUUGUUUGCCGAAAAGCAGCGCAUCUCCAUGAUCAAAGAAGAGUUUAGGGUGCGCUGCAAGAAACUCCGCAACAACAUCCGAGCCACCGUCGCUAUUCAAGUGCAACAAUUAUCGGAGAAGCAGGAUCAAUUGCUCGCCGAGUUGAAAACGUGGAGCGAGAACGAAGCGACCAAGUUCACUCAAGUCGAACAGCUUUGUGAUCAAGUUCUGGAUCAAACGCCGACCAUCGGCUCUUCUGACGAGGAGCCAAUACCCGAAACGAACGUGCUGAAGCGGUCGGAAGCCAUCCUGCAGACGGCGCGGCAGUGCGGCACGACCCGGUUGAUGUUCGAUAGUGAAGAGCUGUCGCUGACUUGUCAAUCGACCGAGAUGGACGGUGGAGUAGGCGCAUGCAACGCAGCCCCAUCCUCAUCCUCAGCUUCUGCUGCAGCACUUCACGCUUCGACCAUUCACAACGAGUCAUCGGCCCACGGCCGUCGAAAGAGCCGACGAGUGCUGUUCGUCGAGCCCGGCGUCGAGUCUGUCCAUCCGACUCCUCCUCACUUGGAUUCACCCACCGAAUCCAAAAAGCCCACCGAAUUUCUGUCAACGGCUGAUGAGAGGUCGCUCUAUUAUAGGUCGCUGUCCGGUCAUCUGCGCCAUCGCAUCACGUCGACACUUUUACAACGCCCAGCCGGUGUGGCCGUUUCUCCGUGGACAGGCGAAACGUAUGUGGCGGCCACUGAUAGCCAUCGCGUUUACGUCAUCGAUAAAAGUGGCAAAAUAGUAAAAUCCUUGGGAAGUCCAUAUCGAUCGAACGAUCGCCUAGGUGGCGGCACUGCUGACACCUUCACUAACGGAGCGACAACGACGUCUGCGUCGAAUGCUAAUUGCGGGACCUUUCUUUGCCCGUUCGGCAUAGCCUUCUCGACGGUGGCCGAAGAGAUUUACGUCACAGACAAGUGGCUCAAUUGUAUUCAAGUCUUCAACAAAGAGGGUGUCUACGUACGUCAGAUCGGUGUCAAAGGGACGUCUCCGGGCCAUUUCCGCUCACCCGAAGGCAUCGCCGUCGACUUCAAAGGAAACAUUUACGUCUGCGACACGUGCAACGACCGAGUCCAGGUUCUUGAUCGAAAUGGCGUCUAUUUCCGCGAAUUGGGCGUCGUCUCGCCAAUGACCCUUCCCGGUGGGAAGCUCUACCAAAAAAGGGAAUUCAGCGAGCCCACUGGAGUGGCGGUAAGAGGUUGGCUUCGCAACCGGAAGUUGAAUGAGGUCUCGCCGGAUGGAUCGCGAAUAGCCGUCUGCGAUUUUGGUAAUUGCAGGAUCAAAGUAUUUGGCUCCAAUGGCGAACUGUUGGUCGUUUUCGGUUUCCGGGGAACUCAGCGGGGUCAAUUUCAACACCCGGAAUGUCUGGUCGUCGAUGACCAAGGGUUCAUUCUAGUCGGCGACAAUGGCAACGGGCGGAUUCAAAUUUUCCGUCCCAACGGCAACUUCGUUCGCUCUCUCGGGAGCAAAGGAUCGGGUCCGGGACAAUUUAAUUGGAUCUCCGGACUGACCCUUUCCAAAGACAGGGAUAUCAUUGCCACCGAUUUUAAGAACCACUGCAUACAGAUCUUUUAAUUGGUUCCCAAGCGACCACUUCUCUCGCCUAUACUAUGUACUAGGGGAGCAGCUCUUCAAUUCGUUAGAGGAUCACAAAGGAACGGCGGAUAGAGGAAUAUUCAAGGAUUCAAUGAAGCACAAACCCUCCCCCCAGUUUAAAAUCCUUCUGCUCUUAUGUAGUCGUUACAAUGUCACAUCCUUGUAAAAGGGCUCGUUACGCAUCCCCCCCCCUACCCAUCCCUGAACAGCUUCUUGCCUUUUUACAUAACCAAUGUAUACGAACGUACUGAAGUGUACUGCUCAAAUGAAAUUACAAUUGAAUUCACUCUC